AUGAAGGGGAAAGGAAUCAUGAUUAGCAACGAUACAACGUGCAUCGAUAAGGAUUGGUGUAUCUUUGGACAGUUUAAGGACGAUAAACUGCACAGCACCGAAAAAGGAGUCGCAAUAUUUCGCGAUGGAAGGUCAUUCAAGGGACUGCUAUCCUUCGAAGGACCGCUCGGAAAUGGGACCUGGUUCCACCCCGCCAAAGGUUCAAUGAAUAUUUUCACAAAUCCUGACGAAACCGGACAAAUCGGAUAUGCUCUUUCCGGAUUUUUUAGAGGAACGUGGGAUGAUGUUAUCGUUUCCAAUGGAAAACUUGAGAGAAGCGAACAGAAAAGUGCUGUGUUGUGCUUGAAAGAUCACAUCCCACCCGAAACCAUAUGGGCAUCCGUCUUCAACAGCUUUGCAGAGCACGUUUUAGGGACCGAUAGCAUUGACGAACAGGUUGAUGGAGGCAAAAUAUGGAUCAAGAUAGGAAUCUACAUGGCUCGGGCAAAGCGCAAACAACAACUCAAAAAAAAAGGGUUCGAACUCAUAUUUUCCGACUUCGACGAAGACAAGAUUGCUCGAUUUUGUCAGUACGGUCAUGCACUGACAUUGCUGUCAGAAAAGCCACUCAAUGACGUGGAAGGCUACGGUGAAGCGGACGAUAUGGACAACGACCCUCAUCUACAUUCGACUUUAUCAAAAGAACUGGAUGUCGCGCCUGAAAUCGACUGUAACGAUUGGGAGAAAUUGCAAAAAUAUCUUGGCGAUGCAUUUCAGAACCAAAGCCAUCCACUAUGCCAUAUUCACGAGCUUCUCGGGAACUGUUUUUUCGCAACAUAUUCCCAACCGGAAAAGGAUUCAUUACUUUGUGAAAUGGCGAAACAGGAACUGAUCGCAAUGUGCAGUCGUAUUUACACCUCAUUAAUAAUGCGUAUGUUUCCAGCGUUGCCCAAACUGGUUUACGAUAUGGAUGGAAAUUCAAUCGACCCCACACCGUUUCAAUUGAUGUAUCCGAUUGUCUUGACCGAUGCAAUAUAUCUAACACUGCUUCAGCUGUACGUUCAUCAGUACAGGGAGUUGGACGAAUUAUACAGUCAAAAGAUGCUAUUCUUCGAAGGACGAACAGAUGAGUUUAUCAUGCAGCAUAUGGAAUGCAAAGAAGCUGAUAUGCUGCAAAAUAACAAUUUCAAACAAGCGGUGGCUCUUUUCUCCAGUUUCAAGAACAAUCGCAAUCCUUGCGAAACGAUGUACGUCAUACAACAGGUUUUCAAUCUUCUCAACAAAACGCUGGUUGAGCACAAAAAAGACGGAGCUGAUGCACUGAUCCCGCUAACGGAGAUGCUCGUAGUAAAGGCGAGUGUGCCACAUUUUGGUGCAGAGAUCAGUACCUUGACAGGGUUGAUGAGUUUUGAAGGAAACAACUGGUACCUAAUAACAACGUUGCAAGCCAUGUACAAACAUCUGCUUAAUGUGGAUAUUUUCCAGCCUGAUGAUCAGUGAUAAGGCUAAAUAAUGGAAUAGUGUGGAUCAAGGCAGACUAUAGUAUUCAGCCAUUCCAUAGCAAAACGAUAUAGUGGUUCUCAGAAUUUCGUAAAGAUGGGUAGUUUUGUUCCUUAUCGCAAAAUAUUAGACCCGUUUUUUUUUAUUUU